AUGGCCCUGACAUGGCUGUCCCUCACAGGAGGCUUGAGUGUGGGUGACUUCCGGAAGGUGCUGAUGAAGACAGGUCUGGUGCUGGUGGUGCUGGGCCACGUGAGCUUCAUCACAGCCGCUGUACUCCAUGGCACUGUGCUGCGCUACGUGGCUGCCCCCCCUGAUGCCGUGGCUCUGCAGUACUGCGUGGUCAACAUCCUCUCUGUCAUUUCUGCCAUUGUGGUCAUCGCCUCAGGCAUUGCAGACAUCAUGUUGUCCCGCUACCUCCCCAGCACUCCCCUGCGCUGGACAGUGUUUAGCUCGAACGUGGCCUGUGCUCUUCUCUCUCUGACCUGUGCCCUUGGCCUCUUUGCCUCCAUCGUUGUGACCUUUGCCACCCAAGGCCGGGCACUGCUGGCCACCUGCACUUUUGGGAACCCUGAACAACCAGUACUCACGCCUGACUGUCCCUUCGACCCCACACGCAUUUACAGCUCAAGCCUGUGCCUCUGGGGCAUCUCGCUCAUGUUCUGUGUAUCAGAGAGCAUGUUUGCUGUGCGUGGCACCCAGCUCGCCCACAAGCUGCUGGAACUGAGACCCUGGUGGGGGAAAAGCUGCCAUCACACAAUGCUGGACAGCCCUGAGCCCAUGGAGGGUCAUGACCAGCUGAGUUGCGCCAGCUCGGAGCCGCUGACCCUCUGAGAACUGAUGCCUCACCCAGGCCCCAUGGCCACUGGGGCCCUGCAACCAAGUGUACACUGUCGCCAGGACAGGAUUCCUGAAGCAGGCCCAAGAGGGCUCAAUGGACCCCCUGCCUCCCCCGCCACCCAGCCCACUGCACUGAAACGAGACUUUAUUUUCAAGUUAUUAAAAAGAACAGAGAUGCUC